CCCGGGGAGUCCGACCCUGGGGCUGCUGCGUUGAAAGUCACUAAUGUAAAUACAGAUGACCAUGCAGGAUGCAGUUCAGGUGUGGUUUGGAGAUGAUCUUCCUUUAAGCCCACGAUGUCCUCUGACUGCCAGACAUGGCCCAGGCUUGGCAGAUGUUUGCCUAUAUGACCAAUGGAUAUCUGUGCGGCAUGAAGCAACACUGGUGCCUAUGCAGGAAGACCUAUCAAUCUGGCUAUCAGGAUUGUUUGGAAAAGAAGUUGCUGCAGAACAGUUGCUGGAAGAGCUGGAUAAUGGUGUGCUGCUCUGCCAGUUGGUUGGUGUUCUUCAAAACACAAUUAAGAAAUGUUGUAGCUCAAAGGAUUUGCGGGAUUUUCCUAUGAGAAAAGUCCCAUGCAAGACGGAUGCUCCAUCAGGAUCCUUUUUUGCUAGAGAUAAUACAGCCAACUUUCUUAACUGGUGUAGAGGCAUUGGCGUUGAUGAGACUUAUCUUUUUGAAUCAGAAGGUUUAGUUUUGCAUAAGGAUCCAAGACAGGUAUAUCUCUGUCUACUGGAAAUUGGUCGCAUAGUAUCAAGAUAUGGAGUUGAACCUCCUGUGCUAGUAAAAUUGGAGAAGGAAAUCGAAUUAGAAGAAACACUGCUAAUGACCUCUGGACCUGUAACACCUGUUAGCACCCCAAAGCCCUGUUGUCACCACGGGGAGCUACAUGAAGCAGUUAAGCACAUAGCAGAAGAUCCUCCCUGCAGCUGUUCCCAUAGGUUUUCAAUUGAGUAUUUAUCUGAAGGGCGGUAUAGGCUGGGAGAUAAAAUCCUCUUCAUACGAAUGCUGCAUGGCAAACACGUGAUGGUACGUGUUGGUGGAGGUUGGGAUACUCUUCAGGGUUUUCUACUCAAAUAUGAUCCUUGUCGUGUGUUGCAAUUUGCAACUCUGGAGCAAAAAAUCCUGGCCUUUCAGAAAGGUGGAACUAAUGAAAGCGCCUCUGAUCCAUCAGCUAAACCUCUGCAGCCUCCUGUAAUGAAUCCCAUAUCGGCUGUUAAUAUGUUUCAGAAACAAAAUUCAAAAUCCCCAGCUCCUGGUUCAGCAACAAAAGGUGCUCAUGCAGUCCGCAGCAAGCAAGUGCUAUCUAAACGACCACAGACACCUGCCCUGGCAUCCCCCAGAAGAGCAAUGAACACGCCCUCUACCACCAAGCUGGUGUCAGUAUCUUCCAAGGUACAAGGUUCCUCAGCAUCGGUUGCCCAAUUACCUUUUAAAUCUUUAACAAGCACUUCAAAGAAAUUGGAGUCUCCUCUGUGUAACUCUCCAACUUCUUUUUCAAAGCAAGCACAAUCUGGAAGCAAAAGCUCUUCUCCUGCAGUAUUAAGAACAGCUCCUGGCAAUUCAAAGACACCGAGUAAACGUAUUUGGUCCCGAGAUGCUCCUAAGGUCGUACCAUCCCUGAAUUCUCCAGCACCAGUGCUACUUUCAGCUGCCUCUUGCUCUCCAAAUGAGAUGUCUGAAUUCUCUGGGACAACUGAACCAAUGCCUUCAGAACAAAAAUGUGCUCCCUCUAAAUGCAAAGUGAUAUCAACCACAGCUAAAUCUAAUCUGGUUGCUUCAAAAUACUCACCAAAUCCUGCCAAACUGCCUAAUGCAAAUCUUCAUGUUGUAUCUAAGCUUACACAUUCUUAUCAGUCAUCUGAAAAAACAGCAAAAUCCACUUUCAAAAGUCCAAUUCAAACAGGAAUGCAAUCCCAGGCUCCCAGAAGGGUGCCACCACCUGGGACUGGCCUGAUGAAGAAUAACAGAACCCCUCCAAUCUUAAAACAGCCAGAUUCUGCAUCUGCAGUUAGUAAAACCUCCAAGGCAUCACCUGCACUGGGGCCUACAAGCAAGAGUGUGUCUUCAGCUGCUAACAGACGGCUGGCAGGAGAGCAUUUACAGGCCCAAAAUGUCAGUAGAAACCCUCAGACAGGCCCCAGUUUAUCAAAACAUCCUGAGCGCACUCCAUUAUCUGUUGUGAGGCUUCCUCAGACAUCAGCCAAAGUACAAACUACAAAAAAAAGGGCAGAGCCUUCCACAAAAAGUCAGUCUUCAAUUAAAAAUUCCCCAAAAAGUGAAAAAACCUUGGCUGACGCAGUCAAGAAGCCCCUCUCUAAAGGAAAGACUACAAAUAAAUGUAGCAAGGGGGUGCCUGGUAUACUUAAAGAUCCUGCAUUGAAGACUAAAUGUGAUGAUCACUAUUUUGUUAUGACAGGCAGUAAGAAACCCAGAAAAUAAACAGAAAUAUGUUGUCAUCCCCUCCAACCAGAAUAUUUUGCAGACUUUAUCUUUUUUUUUUUUUUUCAGAAUAGCCUCUUACAGCUGCUUCAUUCAAAAAGAACAUGGAUAUUAAAUACACUACAUUAACCAUGCUUACUUCUCAUACUUGUGUGAAAUAGUAGGGGUAAUGUUUUUGCUAUUGCUGUAUAAUCUGUCCAUAUGUUUAUAGUUAAAACUUUCUACUUUUGUAACACUGAAAAUUAUUUUACUUGCUGGGAUGUCUGCUCUCUUUUUGGAGGAGAAGGUAUUGCUGAUGCUAUCUUUAAGUGGAUUUAAGCUCAUUCGAGAAAUUUCUCCAAAGUGCAAUCUUAGUACAUUUGGAAUGCUCUGGUAUGAAAAGUACCCUGCUGUUGAUAGUAUUACUAUUUAACAUGGGCAUGCUAAAACAAAUUUAUGUGCAAAUAUAAAUAAGAUGAUAAAUACUUCCCAUGUACUUACAGUCAAACUAAUAUUUCAAUGUUGGAUAGGAAGUUCACUUGUAUAAAAGUGCUUAAUGAUUUAGGCCAAUUUAUUUUAACUUGCCUAGUGAUAUUUCUGGGGGGAGAUGUUCAAUGUGAGAUGCUUUAAAAUGGUCUGUUAUUUCAGCAAGUGAUGGACACCCAGCUUCUGAAAACUGGAGCUCCUUAUAACAUGUUGAGUUGAGCAUGAGUUGCUUCGGAAGGCAUUAGCCUAGGCUUCCUAUCCAUUUAGGGAUUUCAAAAUAUAUAAUAUGCUUAGACCCCCCUUGCCUGCCUUCUGAUCUAGUAUAUGGAUGAAUUAUUUGGUUUGGUAAAAUAAGAGCAAUUGCUGAGAGAAAAAAGCCACUACAUGUGGACAUGUGAGCUUAAAACUUCCUUGGAGAGCAGUUUAUAAUUGAAAGGACUCUUGAGUCUUUGAGAGCAUUUUUCCUUGUAGCAUGUAACAAUUUUUUCAAAGUACAGAAAUCCCUCUUCUAUUAGCUGCUAAAAUGAUAUUUAUAUCUAUUUGGGGUGUGUGGGGGUUGUUAAAUAGUUUUAUUUUUAGCAAAAAUGCCUUAACAGUACAGACAGGCAGAGAUUCUGAAGACAUUGCUUUCCUUUUUAAAAAUGAUGGGAAGAUAAGUUGGUUCCAUGUCACACUUCUUGAGAAAUCAUAGAAUCAUUGAAAGAGAUUGUUAGAGGAUGCUCCUGUUGGGAUUUUUUUUUUUUGCAGUUGUUAAUUUUUAAAGAGAUUUUUUCUUCCUAGACUCUUUUCAUGCUUUUUAAUUCUUCUGUAGUGGGUCUAAAAUAGUCAUUUUCCUUAGGAGUUACAGAACUGUUUCCCCAAGUGUUACCUUAGAACUGUGUUCACUCUUGUACAAGAGGCCCCACAAGAAUUAUGCUCCACUUACAGCUCAUUUUAAGCUUUCCAGGAGGGCUUAAGUAGGAUUUAUCAAGUGCCAUGGCUUUGUGCUAACCUUCUGCACAAGAGUGAAAGUCACUUCAAGUAUUAAAAAGUAUUCAUCUUGAUUGCUCAGCCUGAAGUCAGGUUGAGUACAAAAACCAAAACAUAAGCAUUAAGAAGAAUCCUCUCGAUUUUUCAAAAAUCUACAUACCAUUGUGUGACUAGCAAAAUGGGAAAGUAUAAUUUGUACUACUUUGCUUAAAAAAAUUACAUGCGUCUUUACCUACUGAGUUGCAUCCCCUGAUACUAUGUAGUAUAAAUUAUUUAUUCUUGGAACUGGAGCAAAGCAACAGACAUGAUCUGAUAAUGUGUUCUAACUUGCAAUGGCAGCCUUGUAGAUCUCUUAAUAUCAGUGCCUUGUUACAGUCUCCUUUGUUUAUGGCUAUAUUUAAAUUAUGCACAUCUACUGUAUACAAAUGGUUUUAGUCUGCCAGAAGUGGAUAUUGUCUAAAUGAACAGCAGGCCAAUAUUUUGUGAUGUUCAACAAACCAGCCUUGAUAACUGAGAAAGCAAGUCCUAAAAGCUUGUUUAUCUUAGGAAGUGUUUUGAACAAGUCUAUCACUAACUAGGUUUAUAAAUGCAUGGGGCUUAAGUCAUUGUUAUGUAAGUGGAGGAACUCUUAACUUCAUUGCAUUUGGUUUUUCUUGUCAGUGAUUAAUUUGACUUGUUGUCUCAUGCAUUGAGAUUCCCUGUUUACAAUAAAAGACCUGCUUAAGAUGACGGA